CGACAUUCGACGGGCUCCCAGCCAUUUCCAACGACGAAAAGUGGGGUAGCUCUUCGCCGCGAUCCCUCUAACUACCUUUAACUGCUCGACUUCCGUACAUUUACCUUUAGGUAGCUGUAGCUGUUUACCAACUCCUCCGUACAUCCGAUACCUUGAUUCCAAUCCCAGCGUAACAAAGUACAUAAGAACAGGCCCACUAUGUCAUCGUUCGCCAAACACCCAACGUUGCUGGCUGUUGCCGUCGCCCAUGGCUUGCUUGGUCUGGGUCACACUACCAAAGGCCUCGAGCAGUUCUCCCACCCGUCCAUUGACAAACUCCCCGUCACCCUCCGCGGCGCCGUGAAAGCCGGCUGGUACGAAGGCAGCGUCUUCUUCCUCAUCGCUGGUCUCCUAAACUACAAAUGGUCCCAGAGCGCCCUCGCCCUGGCAUCCGGACCCGACAAGGCUAUCGCGGCGCUGCUCACCGCGCUGCUGUUCGGCGCGGGCGCGAACUACUACCGCACGGGGGACAAGCCUACGGGCGUGCUGCUAGCGAUUGUGGGCGCGCUUCAGGGGUGGGGGGCUAAGGGGGCGUUGUGA